AUGGCUAGAUACGACAGAGCAAUCACAGUAUUUUCACCGGAUGGACAACUUCUGCAAGUCCAAUAUGCUCAAGAGGCAGUACGCAGAGGUUCUCCUCUAGUGGGCGUCAGAGGGGCAGAGGCUAUUGUCCUGGCAGUGGAGAAGAGGGCAGUACAGACCCUCGAAGAUACAAGAAUAGAAAAGAAAAUUGUAGUCUUGGAUGAACAUAUUGUAAUGGGGUUUGCCGGCUUGAGAGCAGAUGCGAGAAUACUAAUUGCAAGAGCCCAAAUAGAAUGCCAAUCCUAUCGUCUCACAGUCGAGGACCCCGUCUCCGUGGAGUACAUUUCCCGCUAUAUGGCUGAAAUGAAACAGCACUAUACUCAAAGUAAUGGCAGGAGACCCUUUGGUAUUUCCUGUUUAGUGGCGGGUUUCAACUUUGAUGGUACACCUCACCUGUUUCAAACAGACCCAUCUGGAACCUACUAUGAAUGGAAAGCAGCGGCUACUGGCAGAUCUGAAAAGACAGUCAGAGAAUAUCUAGAAAAGAAUUAUAGCCCUGAAGCAGUCAACACGGAUGAGAAAACGAUUAAAUUGGCUAUUAAAGCUUUGUUGGAAGCUGUGCAUGCUGGAAAAAUAAACUUAGACGUAGCUGUCAUCAAAGGGGGUCAGCCAGUAAGAAUGCUAAAAAAUAACACUAUCAUAUCGUUUAUAGCAGAAAUAGAGAAGGAGAAGGCAGAGAAAGAAGCAUUAGAGAAGAAAAAAGAUUAUAUGAACAAAAUGAAUAACUGGGGAAUUAGCUGA